CUGCACGAGGAGCUGCGGCUGCUGCUGGACACGGCGCUGCCCCCCAAGAGGAAGAAGGUGGUGCUGGGCGUGGGCGAUGCCAAGAUGGGCGCGGCCGUGCUGGAGGAGCUGGGGGUGCAGUGCCAGACCGGGGGCGUCGUGGCCGAGCUGAUGCGCGGGAUCCGGCUGCACUUCCCGGCGCUGGUGCGAGGCCUCACGGCUCAGUCGGCGGCCAAGGCCCAGCUGGGGCUCGGCCACAGCUACUCCCGGGCCAAGGUGAAGUUCAACGUGCACCGCGUGGACAACAUGAUCAUCCAGUCCAUCAGCCUGCUGGACCAGCUGGACAAGGACAUCAACACCUUCUCCAUGCGCGUCCGGGAGUGGUACGGGUACCACUUCCCCGAGCUGAUCAAGAUCGUCCCCGAGAACUCCAUGUACUGCCGGGUGGCCAAAUUCAUCGGGAACCGGCGGGAGCUGAGCGAGGAGAGCCUGGAAGGGCUGGAGGAGAUCGUCAUGGACAGCGCCAAGGCCCAGGCCAUCCUGGAGGCCUCCCGCUCCUCCAUGGGGAUGGACAUCUCCCCCCUGGACCUCAUCAACAUCGAGAGCUUCUCGCGCCGCGUCAUCUCCCUGUCCGAGUACCGCAAGGAGCUGCAGGAGUACCUGCGCUCCAAGAUGAGCCAGGUGGCCCCCAGCCUGUCAGCCCUCAUCGGGGAGGUGGUGGGCGCCCGCCUCAUCUCGCACGCUGGCAGCUUGACCAACCUGGCCAAGUACCCGGCGUCGACGGUGCAGAUCCUGGGUGCCGAGAAGGCCCUGUUCAGGGCGCUGAAGACGCGGGGGAACACCCCCAAGUACGGCCUCAUCUUCCACUCCACCUUCAUCGGGCGCGCGGCCGCCAAGAACAAGGGGCGCAUCUCGCGCUACCUGGCCAACAAGUGCACCAUCGCCUCGCGCAUCGACUGCUUCUCAGAGGUGCCCACCAGUGUCUUUGGGGACAAGCUGCGGGAGCAGGUGGAGGAGCGCUUGGCCUUCUACGAGACCGGGGAGCCGCCCCGCAAGAACCUGGAGGUGAUGAAGGAGGCCGUGGUGGAGGCCAACGAGGUGGUGGCUGAGGUGAAGAGGAGGCAGGAGAAGAAGGAGAAGAAGAGGAAGAAGAGGGAGAAGCGGCGGCUGGAGGCCCUGGCGGCGGCCGCCGAGGAGCCGGCGGAGAACUCGGUGAUGGAGAUGGAGGAGAACGACGUGGGGGCCAAGAAGAAGAAGAAAAAGAAGAAGCAGCAGCAGCCAGAGGAGUCUGAGGCAGAGGCAGAGCCCGAGGAGAACGGGGUGGAGGAGGAGGAGGAGGAGGAGCCGUUGCCCAAGAAGAAAAGGAAAGUCACGGUAGAGGCUGAGGAGGAAGAGGAGGAGGAGGAGAAGAAGAAGAAAAAGAAGAAGAAGAAGAAGGCAGCGGCUCAGGACUCCGAGGAGGAUUAGGGAGCAGAGAGAGCAGUGCAUGGACUGACAGACUGACGGACAGGCAGGAGCCCGGAGCGGCUGCCCGCCCGCUCCCGUGGUGUCCCCAGAGGCACGGUGGCCACUGGGAAGGUGGCAGAGCCCCUCGUGGUGGCCUGGGUGAGUCCCUCUGGCCACCAGCAGCCCUUGGACUGGUGCCUUACACCGUGGAACUUUGAAUGCCACGGGACCUCGGGCUGUGUGGGGCUGUCCCUGGGCUGUGUCCCUUUCCUUGGGGCUGUCCCUGGGCCGUGUCCCUUUCCUUGGGGCUGUCCCCAGCCCGUGUCCCCUGUCCCCAGCCCAUGUCCCCAGCCCGUGCAGUGCGGGGCCGGCCCCUCGUGGUGCCCACACCCCAAUAAAGGGCUGAGGUCGUUGUGA